AUGGUCAUUAUCGAUAGUCUUAGUUUUUACCGUCCCUUCUGGAUCUGCAUGCGAUUGCUGGUGCCGACUUUCUUCAAGGAUUGCCCGCGUACUGUCCAGCUUUAUGUGGUGUUGCUGAAUAUCCUGGUCACCUUGUGGUUUCCACUGCACAUGCUGCUACAUCUGCUGUUGCGUCCCUCUGCGGCUGACUUCAUGAAGAACCUGACCAUCUCUUUGACCUGCCUGGCCUGCAGUCUGAAGCACGUGGCCCACUUGUACCACUUGCCGCAGAUUGUGGAGAUCGAAUCCCUGAUCGGGCAACUAGACACAUUUAUAGCCAGCGAUCAGGAGCACCGCUACUAUCAGGACCACGUGUAUUGCCAUGCCCGGCGCUUCACACGAUGCCUCUAUGUCAGUUUUGGCAUGGUUUAUGCGGUUUUCCUGUUCGGCGUUUUCGCACAGAUUAUCGGCAGAAAAUGGGAACUUAUCUACCCUGCCUAUUUCCCAUUCGACUUCGAGAACAAUAGCUACCUCGGCGCAGUGGCCAUGGGCUAUCAGGUAAUGAGCCUCAUAGUCGAAGGCUUCCAGGGUCUGGGCAACGACACCUAUACGCCUCUGACCUUAUGCUUUCUGGCCGGACAUGUCCACUUGUGGUCCAUUCGCAUGAGCCAGCUGGGACACUUCGAGGACGAAACGGCGACGGAUCAUCAGCGGUUGCUGGAGUACAUUGAGCAGCACAAACUCUUGGUGAGAUUCCACCGGCUGGUGCGCCGGACCAUCAGCGAGGUUCAACUGGUGCAGCUGGGCGGAUGUGGCGCCACUCUGUGCAUCAUUGUGUCCUACAUGCUCUUCUUUGUGGGCGACACCAUCUCGCUGGUCUACUACUUGGUUUUCUUCGGAGUGGUCUGCAUGCAGCUCUUUCCCAGCUGCUAUUUCGCCAGCGAGGUGGCCGAGGAGGUGGAACGGCUCGCAUAUGCGAUCUUCUCCAGCAGAUGGUACGAUCAGUCUCGGGAUCAUCGAUUCGACUUGCUCGUCUUCACACAGUUGACCAUGGGGAACAGGGGGUGGGUCAUCAUGGCAGGAGGGCUCAUCGAACUGAAUUUGAAUGCCUUUUUCGCCACCCUGAAGAUGGCCUAUUCCCUCUUUGCCGUUGUGGUGCGGGCAAGAGGUAUAUAG